AUGCUUGGAUCGCUCGGUCUUGAUGAAGAUUCGGUAAAACAAAAAAUCAUCGACGAUUUGAGAAAAGAGUUGAGAGAGUGCAAGAAAACACUGAAAAAGGAGCAGGAUCAAAAAAUUAAAGAACUAGAUGAUAUUUUGAAGAAAACGAAGGAAGAAAGUGAAGCGAAACUGGCAAAGAUAGAGAAGGAGAAUAAGAUACUGAAAAAGGAACAAGCAAAUGAGUUGAUUAUUCAUCAACAAGAAAUGAGUAUUUUGGACGAGGAGUAUCAAGAGGAAAUGGAAAAAAGGAAUAGACAAAAAGAAGAAUUAAAGAAACAAUUGGAGGAAGAGAAGAAAAAAUACCAUGCUUUGGAACAAAAACAACUAAAUGAAUUUUCAACGGAACUUACUGAAGCUCUCAAUCGUCAAAUCACACUGGAUGCCAGUGACCGUGUUUUGGAACAAUUUGUGAACAUCACAAAAACCGUUCAGGAUGCUAGUGAAUCAUUGAAACGUAUUGAAGGUUAUUGUUCAAACGAAUCUCCCGGUUAUUUUGAAGGUGCAAUUGACAACGAACUGCAUGAGUUAAAAGAGUUGAAAUCAAAUUUCAACGCACAUUUUUUUCAAUUCCAGCAGGUCGCAAGGUUCCAGCAAAAAAAGAAUGAACAAAACGCUCACCAAGAAAUUCUUAAUGUUUGUGAAAGUUAUCUACAAAAGUUCGAAGAAUCAAUGAUGAAUGAAAGUCUCUCAGAGUUAUGUCUCCAUUUGCCGACCGCCAUCGAAAAUAAGGAAACAUUUGAAAUCGAAGAAUUGAGAAAGAAAGCAGAAAAAUUGUCUGAGGAAAUGAAAAUCACUCGAGACGAGGUUCAAAUUGAACUUGAAGCUAUUUGUGCAUCAGACUCUCCUAAAGAACAUCAAGGUCGUGUUUGUUUGGAGUUGAAUGAGAUCAACACAAUGAAGUCAAUGUUCAAGUUCCAAGUCUCCAAUAUUCAGCAACACAUGAAUGAGAGCUCUGCAAAUCCUGAAGCUGUCAAAAUUUGCAAGAAUUAUCUGCACGAGUUGAAAGAGCCAAUGGGAAGUAACCAACUGUAUGCCAUCUGUGCAUUCCUUCAGUCUGAUUUUGCCAAUGGGAAUAUCAAGAAAAUCCAAUCUUAUGGGAACGAAGCGGGAUCAUUGGCUCAGAAACUGAAAACUAUUCAAAUUAUAAGAGAUCUUGAUUUGGGGAACAUUCGCAUGAGAAAUGUUGAGUCCACGAUGAAUUGCGUAGAAUUGAAAGAUUAG